CUCCCAUUUUCUCCCGUCCAAUGACAGGAAUUCAUACCGACUCAACUUUUUUUCCUUAUCGCUUCUCUUUCUCUCUCUCUCAUAUCUCACUCAACCAACUCAACAGCUCGUCCGGCUGCUACCCUGCUCCCUUGACCGCUCCUCGGGCACUCUUAUGUGGACCGAACGUACCUCUGACGAGUGAGUCCGAGAGCUGCGAGCCAUCUGUGUGCCAUGCUAACGUGCGCGCUUCGCUUAUCCUCUCCCUCCCGUCAAAAUCACACAGCUACCUGUCUGAUCUCGUGUUUACCCUCAACAAACAUUGAGAUGUCUUUCACUCGCCCUUUGACCCGCACUCUGGCCCGUGGCUUGUCCACUAGCAGCCCCUCACCCGCCUCUGUUCAUCCAGGCCUCUUGACCCAUGUUCUGCCCCCCAAAAUUCCCGCUGCGCUCCAUCUGCAAUCUGGACAGAGCUACCACGGUCAAGGUUUCGGAAGCACCAAUAGCAAAUAUGGCGAGACGGUCUUUAGCACCAGUAUCACCAGCUACACUGAUUCGAUGACCGACCCAUCGUACCUCGGUCAAAUUCUCGUCUUCACCUCGCCCAUGAUUGGCAAUUACGGUAUCCCCUCCAACGCGGAUCCCAGCGAUACACCUGGCAUUCCAUUCCUCGAGUCAUCGGGCAUCCGAUGCACUGGUGUAGUUGUUUCUGACGUCGCUCUCAAGUACUCUCACUACCAAGCCGUCGAGUCUCUGCACGAAUGGUGUGCACGACACGAUGUACCCGGUAUCACGGGCGUAGACACCCGAGCCAUCACUUCGCUUCUUCGAGAUCAAGGCACGACACUCGGUCGACUUGCCAUCGGUGACGAUGCCGCUACUGCGCCGACUUCUGAGGAGUUCUGGGAUCCGAGCGUAGAAAAUCUCAUCGCCAAAGUUUCCACUCCCCAGCCUUACACGCUCAAUCCAAAUGGACGAGGUCCUCGAAUUGCCGUUCUCGACUUUGGCUCCAAAGCCAACAUUCUCCGAUCGCUUGUUCGACGAGACGCCGUUGUGACUGUCCUUCCAUGGAACUAUGACUUCAAUGCCGUCAGGGAUCGCUUCGACGGUUUGUUCCUGUCCAAUGGACCCGGAGCUCCUUCAUCCAUCAUGGACACUGUUGAUAGGGUCCGAAUCACCAUCAACGAAUGGGACAAGCCAAUUUUCGGUAUCUGUAUGGGCCACCAAAUUAUCGGUAUGGCAGCGGGUAUGGAGGCCUACCGUAUGAAGUUUGGAAAUCGAGGACACAACCAACCUGUUCUUGCUCUAGCUUCAUCCGGCAGUAUCAAGGCGGGUCGAGUCUACGUCACUUCUCAGAACCAUCAGUAUGCGCUGAAGUUGACCGAAGACUUCCCUACUGGCUGGGCACCAUUCUUUAUCAACUGCAACGACUCAUCGGUCGAGGGCAUCAUCACGACGCCAGAGUCUGGCAAGAGGAUUUGGGGUGUCCAAUUCCACCCAGAGUCUGCGGGUGGACCUCUCGAUACGAUUGAAAUGUUUACAGACUUUGUUAACGAGUGUGCGGCAGGAAGAUCAAUCAUGACUCCGGAAGAGACAAUCGAGGGCGUUCGAGCGGUAGCGUAGGCGUGAGCGCGGGGCGUGUAGAGCACCAAGACGACAUUAAAAUCCUUGACCCGUGACAAACAUGCAUAUCUAAAUCGUGCA